AUCAGCUGUCUUUGCAAACAUAGCGGUAACGUCAGACGCACCGGCCGGCAGUGCGGGGGAGGAAUCGACUAACGGUAGUGGCUUGGAUUUUAAAAAAAAACAAACGGACAACGGUAGCCGCCACCGGACUCUUAUCGAGCGCGCACGCAAGUCUCUGCAUUUUUUAAAAUAAAUCAUAACGAUCGCACUAUAAGUGACGUUGUAUCUUAUUCUUUUCAAUCAGUGCAUUGUGUUACCCCGAAUUGGGGUCCACCCGGGCGGGUUAAAAUGCCAACGUGCCUGUAGCUUAGCUGGUGCUGUCCCGCUUGCUGCUUAUCACCACGAGCUACCGACUAGUGCCAAAAAUACGGAGGCUGCGGUUCUAAGAGAGGCAACUGGGGGCCUUCACGCGCGAGGGUUUCAAGAUCGGAAAAUGAAACUGGCUAUAUUGUUUAGUGUGGCGCUCCUUGCGCUGGCAGCUGCUGCGCCCACGAAAGACGUUGACGACACAAUAGUUGUUACGUCGGAAUUCUUCCCCGACGCUCUCGCUGUGUACACCAGCCAACAUGACAUCGUGAGUCUGACCGUCCCCCUCAAUAAAGCCAACUUCGAAGAUGAUGAAAGCCUCAACGGUGACAAAUUAGUUCUCCUCGCAAUCUUUGUAGAAGCUGAUAUAAAUGACAAGGGAGAAUACGACUACAAAGGCCUUUACACUCUCAAAGGCGGAAACGCAACGAAAAUUCUAGAAACAGGCACAGACUCCGCUUCUGAUAAAUCUAAUUCGCGUGACGUGUUCCUCAGUGCCACUGAUGGGCUGUAUGUAUACAAAUACGAUGUUCAUAAAGUUGAGAAAUACGGCUCAGUUAAUGACAAUUUGGUUGGUAUUGCUAAAGUGAACUCUAGCGAAGAUAUCUUUGUCCUGUCUGCUGAUCACGUUCUGUACAAAGUCUCGGAAAAUGGAAAAAAGAAGGAGGUAGUAAAACAAGUUAAGGAUGCUCGUAAAAUUGUCUUGGACUUCUCUGAUAAUCUGUACUACUAUGAUGGAGAUAAACAAGUCUAUGUACUAAGUGAUGAUGGUGUUAAGAAAAUCGAAGGGUUGCCAGCCAACCCUAGCAACGUAGCUUUUGUUAAACCACCAUCCAUAAUUAAAAACGGAGUUAUAUUUAUAUCAGACAGGAAAUCUUACACCGUAUACGUGAAUGGAACUAGUGAAUUUAAUCACUUUGUACUAGAAGUGCAACCUACCGCUUUCGCUAUGGAGGGUACAAUUAUGCAAUAUUUCGCUUAUCAAAAGAAAAUAUACGAGUACACCAUAUUAGUAUUGAUUAACAGUGUGCUACAUGCACAGAAAUCAGAUGCUUUCAAAAAAAUCUUAGAAAACAAAUCCUCUGAGAUUGAAUCUAUUGCGACCCGCUCCAGAGGAAGUUUAAGGGCUUAAAUCAUACAUGGCGUUUAAAUACAUUUUAUUGUUACAAUAAGUCUUUGAUUUUAUAGAAAUCUUUCAUAAUACUCUUUAUUAAUAAUUAGGAAUAACUAUCUUCUGCACGCUGUUCCGCCAGCUUGAAUAAAGUUUUCCGAGACAAUCA